AUGGCCGCGCAUGCAGAUACACAUGCCGCACUCUCGGACAGGGAGGUCCCAUCGAUUCAGAACCCGGCCUUCUCUCGCUUCUGUCACGCCAGGAGGUACUCCAGCUACUCGGCUUACGGACUGGGUAAGAUGCAGCAGCAGGUUCCAUCGAUUCCGAUUCCUGGCCUUCUCUCGCCUCUGUCAUCCUUGACAGACUGCGUUGGACGGACGGGACGGCGUGAGUUCCUCAGUCGUGCCAUCUUACCCAGUCACACAGCCACAGUCUGA